AUGGCUGGGAUGAGUAAGAGGCAGAUCGAUCUUGCAUCGAAGACCUCGGUCCCGGAGGACCAGGGGGACCUUAGUGCUCAGAAGGCACCGCGCAAGGAAGCUGCGGAUGGAGGCUGCGGGAUUACCGCCGGUGAGCUUCAGGCCAUGAUGGCGCAGCAGACGGCUCAGCUCAUGCAUGCACAGGAGUCCGCCCUCUCCAAGGCGGUGACCAGGUUUGAGGGCAUUGUGGAGGAGCGGAUUGGGCGAACGGAUUGCAAGGUCGCUGAAAUGGAGAAAAAGAUGGGGGAGCUGGAGCAGAAAGUCUUGCACCUCCUUGAAGGUGGACCGGUGCAGCAAGACAACCGAGGAGGCACGGAUGACCAAGCAAGACGGGCCAGGACUCUUAUCUUCGGAGGGUGGAAUCGCGAUACUCGCAGGGCGGAACUGUUGGCAGAGCUCAAGUCGGCACUCGAGUCCUUGGGGGUCCAGAACAUGAUGGACACCGCUCCCUUUACCACUGGAGUACGGCGCAGCAUGGCCUUGGCCUCUUUCGCAGAGCGACGUGGCGAAAGCUACGCUACCAUGAGGGGCCGAAUGCAGCAAGUGGUCAGGGCUUUUGCCGAAUCGGAGGUCAUGGGGAAGCAGGGCAAAAAUCUCUGGUGUAACUGGAGUAAGUCGAAGCUAGAGCGGCUGCACAGUUCGCAUGCUUCUUGGGUUAAGAGGAGUGUGGCUGAAGUGAAUCCCGACAAGCUCGCGGACCUCGAGGUAGAAUGGAACCAGGGCAACGUCUGGACAGCAGUUCACCUUGCAGCGAGCUCUGCGCUCCCUCCUCCUCCGGGAGGGGACCCGGCGGAGAUUCUUGUCAGGGACGACUACGAGACCAAGGCAUGGGACAUGGCCAAGAAGUGCACCAAGCCCAGACCAGGGACGGGGUACAGGGAUCCCGAGGAAGUGAAGAGUGCCUUUAAGCAAGCGAAGCUGAUGAAGACAAGGGAGACAUGGAAGAGAGCUUUAGCUUUGCGCAAACAGGCCAGGAAGGUAUGGGAGGCAGACCGGUUGAAGAGGGCAAGUGAGGGAGAUUGGCAAGCCUUGAAGUCGUGUAGGCCUAAGAGGCACGCGGGAUGGGAUGAUGCCUUUGCCUCGGCACAACAAGGGGAUCCGCACCGAGCUGUACAUGAACACCUUGCGGGGGUUUACCAGGGAAAUCAACCAGUCAGUCAGGACUACAGGUACACCGGUGAGGUCAGGGCCUUCACACUCGAGGAGAUGCGUGAUGCACUCAGCAUGCUUAAGUCCCAAAAGGCGGUGGGGAGUGACCUGACGUCCCGGGAGCUCCUGGUGGGGGUGAUGGGGGUUCCUGGAGGGGAAGAGCACAUGCUGGAGUGGUUCAACCGUACCCUCGUGAGUCAGGCUGUAGAUCUGAACAAGGCAUGCGAUUGCAUUGACAGAUCAGUGUUACUAGCACGGCUAUCUGAUCGGUUGGGACCGUGUGCAGAAUUGGGGUGUUGGGCGGCCUUGAUGACGGACAUCACAGGAACCUUGCAAACACCGUGGGGGCUUUCACAGCUGCAGAUGCCUUCGGGCAUUAAGCAGGGGGCAACGGAAAGUCCAUCCAUGUUCAGCUUCAUCGCCGAAAUUGCUCUCGAGGAAACCCGAAUCGCCAAUUCAUGGGGCAGUCGAGAGAAGCUUUUCGAAGGGAUGGAGGAUGAGGAGUGUUUGUACAUGGAUGAUGGUUGUCUUUGGAAUAAAGGGGUCCAAGGGAUGGAAAGGAAGCUUGCAGAGUAUGCCAAGCAGCUGCGCAUGUACGGCCUGACCAUCAACAUCAGCAAGUGCCAGAUGUACUGUGGACCUAGGUGCAAAGGUGCACGCUCCAUUUGUGUGGAGGGACAGUCGUCACAGUGCUCUUCCCACCUCGAGGUGAUGGGGUUGCAGUUCCAUGUGGGGGUUACGGCCAUGGAAAUGGUUACGGCUUUGGCCACCAAGGCGAGAGGGAGGUUCUGGGAGAUCCAACACGUCCUUAGAUCAAAAGGGGGGCUAAGCAGAAGGAUUUCUACCAUGCAAAGGACGGCUGGCCAAGCUGCAAUGUGGUGUCUGGGCGCUUUGGCGCCGGACUCCGGAGCAAUGGGGUACCUAAACUCGGUCCAACUGCAACUCAUAGUGUGGAUGAUGAGGAUCUCCAGAGGACCCGGGGAAGAUUGGGGGUCCUUCAGGCGCAGAGCAUGGCGGGUGGCGCGAGCAGCCCUCUUUCGGUCACGAGAGGAAAGAUGGUCUACCCUAUGGUUGCGAAAUUAUUGGCGCUAUUCGGGGCAUCGGGCGAGAGGGGUGCAUCGGGAUCAUCCAGCUUUGAGCUCGGUGUUUGACUCCUUCCGGACCAAAAAGUGGUGGGACCACGAGAAAGCCAACCCGUGGGGGAUCAAACACGUGCACCACUACGCGAGGCUCAUGAUGACCGAAGCCAAGAUGAACGAUGCAGUCGAGGGUGAAUGGCGAAGGGUUGCGCAGGACAGGGUUGCUUGGAGGAAUGCGGAACAGAGAUGGAUCACCAGGGAGGACCUACCGUGGGCAUCGGGCAGACAACCGACGAUUGAGAAUGGGAACUAG